CCAUGUCCACAUCAGCAGUGCGACUAAAGAAUACCUGAAUGGAGACUAUGAUCUUAUCCCAGGCAAUGGGCAUGAAAGGGAUUCCUAUAUUAAGGCACUGGGCAUUCAAACAUUCCUCAUCUCAACCAGUACCAGGAGACACAAGGCAUUUGAUAACACACGAGAGCAUAUCUCCACUGGUGCCCUGAAGCGGAUGGGCAUAGAGGAAAAGGGACAAUUUUCUGUAAAACCUGACCUCAUGUUUUCAGACCACAUUCUCUGUCAGCUAAUUAUAAUAACAGUUUUGACAGUCUCAGAAUUAAUUUUUUUAGACAGGCAUUUGCAGCUUCUUGUGGUUUUACCCCUGCUGGUAACUUUGGAACUGAUCUUGUUUCUUAUCUGCUGUUGUGGCUUUGUGCCUUGCUUGCCACUCCAUAUGAGACUAGCUGUUAACACUUUUUUUGGACGGCGAUUGUUUACCCAGUGUAUUUUAGCUGCUUCCACCUGUGUUGCAUUCUUGGCUGUCUUAUUGCCAAUGCUUUAUUUAGCAACUCCAGACCUCGAAUCAUGCUUGACAGAAAAGUAUGGCAAUUUCUCUCGGAGGACAGUUCAGCUUGCAAACAUUACUCUUAAUUCCAAAAGGACAAUUUGCAACCCAUCUUUGAGCACCAGUUUUUUCCCAGAGAAUUUCUUAUUAGGUGUUGUGGUGGUGAUGCUGAGUACAUCUGUGUAUCUGGAAUCAACGAGUUUAGCCAAGCUGAUACUGACCCUCUUCAUUGCUGUAGUGUUUUUGUUGCUUAUACAAUUGCAGUAUGUAAACCUCUUCAUUAACAGGGACUACAUUAUUAUGUUUGAACAUGGGAGUGACCCUUCAUCAUCUGCACCUUGGAUCCCUUUGAAGUGGGAAGCUAUUUUCAUUAUUGCUGUCACAACCAUCAUCUUGUUUUUGCAUGCACAGCAAGUUGAAUCCACAGCCAGACUGGACUUUAUAUGGAAAAUUCAGGCUCAAGAAGAGAAAGAACAAAUGGAAAGUCUCAGGGAUUACAACCUCAAGCUGCUUUCAAACAUUUUACCUUUGCAUGUGGCAAAGCACUUUCUAAAAGUGACGGAUUACACGGACCUCUACUAUGAGGACAUUAAUAAUGUGGGAGUGAUGUUUGCUUCUAUAGUCAACUUUGCAGAGUUUUACACAGAGCUUGAAGCUAAUAAUGAGGGAGUGGAAUGUCUCAGAUUGCUCAAUGAAAUUAUUGCUGAUUUUGACACACUGUUAUCAAACAAAAGAUUCUCCUGUGUUGAGAAAAUUAAAACAGUUGGCCAGACAUACAUGUGCGCCUCAGGUUUGACCAGUCGUACAAACUUUACAGACAUGACCCACAUUCUCGCCCUCGCUGACUACACCUUUGCCUUGCAGAAACAGCUGCAUUACAUCAACGAGAACUCUUUUAACAACUUCCUGCUUAGGAUAGGCUUAAAUGUUGGACCUGUUGUAGCAGGAGUGAUUGGGGUGAAAAAGCCACAUUACGACAUCUGGGGCAACACAGUCAAUGUUGCUAGCCGGAUGGACAGCACAGGUCUUCCCAGCAAAAUACAGGUAACCAUGGAUAUGUACAGCAUUCUAUCUAAAUAUGGCUAUGCUUUAACAUUGAGAGGAAUAGUAAAAGUCAAGGGAAAAGGAGAUAUGCAGACAUACUUUCUUGACAGUUUACCACCACAUGUGUCAAUAGAAGAUGUUCUAGUCCAGUGA